AUGUUAUUGACACAAAUAUCAUCAAUAAAAUAUUUACUUCGUCAAGGAUUACUACUACGUGUACAUGAUGAGCAAGAAAGCAAUUUAAUACAGUUAAUGAAAUUACGCAGUCAAGAUAUAAAUGGUUUAAAAGACUGGCUUAACGACAAAAAAUAUUUAUCACGUGAUAUUGUGAACGAAUUAGCUAAAGAAAUAUUACCUAAAAUAAUUCGAGAUAUAAGCCAACAGAUUCUGAACGUCAAUGGUUUGCACUCAUACGUGCUGAAACUGCUGAUGAAGCAAAUAAAGGACAAUGAUGUAUUACAGUGGAAUGAUAUAUGA